AUGAUUGCAGCAGUGGGCAAGCCGUCUGCCGGCAAGUCGUCACUCCUCAAUGCCGUGACCGAUGCCAAGGCCAAGGUCGGUGCCUAUCCCUUCACCACCAUUGAGCCCAAUCGAGGCAUGGCCUGGAUCAAGGUCGAUGCUCUCCUCGAACUGGAUCCUCGGUUGCGUUCCGUCCCGGUCUCUGUCCUCGAUGUGGCUGGACUUGUGCCCGGUGCGGCAGAAGGUGCUGGGUUGGGCAACAAGUUUCUGGACGAUCUGCGGACGGCACAGGUCUUAGUUCAUGUAGUGGACGCCUCGGGAACGACCGAUGAAAAGGGCCAGGCUGCGCGCGGCUACGAUCCGGUCGGCGAUGUCGAGUGGCUUUUUGACGAGAUCAUCUCGUGGGUCGCCGGCAAUCUGGCUGCAAAGUGGCCGGCUACAGCUCGCCGUCACGCCCGGACCGGCGCCCGCAUGGCCGAUACGCUGCAGGCGCAACUGUCAGGCUAUGGAACCAAGCCGGCACUGACGGCCGAGCUCGUCGACACGCUCGGGCUCCGUGACUCGGAGGAUUUGGAAGCGUGGGACGACGAGCGCAUCCGCGACCUCGCCGCAGCCUUUGUCGCCGCCCGCUUCCCCACUAUCCUCGCCCUCAACAAGAUCGAUCACCCGGAUGCCGACGUCAACAUCAUGGGAAUUGUCUCUAAAUACGGUGACGACCGGGUCGUCCUCUGCUCUGCCCUCGCCGAGCUUGCGCUGCGCAAGAUGGCCAAGGCGAAGUACAUCGAGUACGUGCCCGGGACCGACGAGGUGCUCACGGCCGCCGACGCGCCCGACGCCGGCCUCAAGCCGCUCCCGUCCAAGCACGCCUCAACGCUCGAGUCGAUCCAGGACCUUGUUCUCUUCCGCCACGGCUCGACUGGCGUCCAUGAAGUCAUUGCCGCCGCCGUUGCCGAGCUCGGCCUCUUUCCAGUCUUUCCGGUCGCGUCAGCACAGUCGUGUCGCGGCUUCGACCUUGCACGCAGCGCCGGCGCCGCGGGGAGCAGCGGAGGAGCCAGCAGCACGGACGGGCCUGGCCUCUUCUCCGACGUGUUUAUGGUCAAGCCGGGCACCACCGUCCGCACCUUUGCCAUCAACUUUCUCCGCAGCCUGUAUGGCGACGACGGGCCGGGCUUUGGCCACGCCGAGCGGCCGGAUGGGACGCCGCUCUCGGGCGGGCACGUUCUCACGCCCGACGACACUGUGUUGCGGAUUGUGACCGGGUAA